GCGUCAGCCUGCCUCUUCGGUCGCUGCUCGGGCGGUGGCUUCGGGCGGCCUCGGCCCAACUCGGGCGGCCUCUUCGGGCCCUGCUUCGGGCUCGGCGCUUGGCGCUUCGGGCGGUCCCGGACGGCGCCUUCGGGCGGACUCGGUGGAGUCCGUAUGGAGGACUCGGACUCGGCGGCAAAACAGCUGGGCCUGGCCGAGGCGGCAGCGGUGGCGGCCGCGGCCGCUGUGGCGGCGGCGGCCGCGGCCGCAGCAGAAAGCGAGGCGGAGGAGCCGGUGUUAAGCAGAGACGAGGACUCGGAAGAGGACGCGGACUCCGAGGCGGAGCGCGAGACGCGGCGGGUCACGGCUGUGGCGGUGAUGGCGGCCGAAUCUGGGCACAUGGAUAUGGGUACCGAGGCUCUGCCCAGCCCCGAUGAAGCUGCCGCCGCCGCCGCCUUCGCAGAAGUGACCACGGUCACUGUGGCGAAUGUGGGGUCCUCUGCAGAUAACGUCUUCACAACAUCAGUGGCAAAUGCGGCAUCAAUAUCAGGACAUGUCCUGUCUGGAAGGACAGCCCUGCAGAUCGGGGACAGCCUGAACACUGAGAAAGCCACGCUAAUAGUUGUACACACAGAUGGGAGCAUUGUGGAGACCACUGGGCUGAAGGGCCCAACAGCACCUCUCACCCCAGGUCCUCAGUCUCCUCCUACCCCACUAGCACCUGGCCAGGAGAAAGGUGGCACCAAGUACAACUGGGACCCUUCAGUGUAUGACAGUGAGUUACCAGUACGCUGUCGGAACAUCAGUGGCACGCUCUACAAGAGCAGGCUUGGCUCAGGUGGGCGGGGUCGGUGUAUCAAGCAGGGAGAAAACUGGUACAGCCCAACUGAGUUUGAAGCCAUGGCAGGAAGAGCCAGCAGCAAGGAUUGGAAGAGAAGCAUCCGCUAUGCAGGCAGACCCCUGCAGUGCCUCAUCCAGGAUGGUAUUUUGAACCCCCAUGCUGCCUCCUGUACCUGUGCUGCCUGUUGUGAUGACAUGACUCUACUUUACUUUUCUCCCCAGAGUGGCCCAGUCAGGCUCUUCGUCCCUUACAAAAGGCGUAAGAAAGAAAAUGAGCUGCCCACAACUCCUGUCAAGAAGGAUUCCCCCAAGAAUAUCACGCUGCUUCCUGCCACAGCAGCCACCACCUUCACUGUGACACCCUCAGGACAGAUCACUACCUCUGGAGCACUAACCUUUGACCGAGCAUCCACUGUAGAGGCCACUGCUGUCAUCUCUGAGAGCCCGGCCCAAGGUGAUGUCUUUGCAGGAGCCACAGUGCAAGAGGCAGGUGUGCAGCCCCCCUGCAGGGUUGGCCACCCUGAACCGCACUACCCUGGUUAUCAGGACAGCUGCCAGAUUGCCCCGUUUCCAGAAGCUGCAUUGCCAACAUCACAUCCCAAAAUUGUCCUGACAUCCCUUCCUGCCCUGGCUGUGCCACCCUCCACCCCCACCAAAGCUGUCUCUCCCACCGUGGUCAGUGGGCUGGAGAUGUCAGAACAGCGGAGCUGGCUGUACCUGGAAGAGAUGGUCAACUCCUUGCUCAGCACAGCCCAGCAGCUGAAGACACUGUUCGAACAAGCCAAGCAGGCGAGCUCUUGCAGGGAGGCUGCUGUGACACAGGCGAGAAUGCAGGUUGAUGCAGAACGGAAAGAGCAGUCAUGUGUCAACUGUGGCCGGGAGGCCAUGAGUGAGUGUACCGGCUGCCACAAGGUUAACUACUGCUCCACAUUCUGCCAACGCAAGGACUGGAAAGACCAUCAGCAUAUCUGUGGCCAGUCAACAGCUGUCACUGUCCAGGCUGAUGAAGUCCAUGUUGAAGAAAGUGUAAUAGAAAAAGUUGCUGUUUGAGCCAGGCUGCUUCCUGCUCUACUGUGAAGCCAUCACAAGCUUAGGCCCUCUGAUGACUAUGGGGGUUUCUGAGAAGUGGGGCCAUGGGAAACUUGCCGGACAAGUUAUUAACAAAGAGACUAUGCCCUUGGAAAUGAACUCCUGUCAGAGACCAAGGAAUGCUGGGGUACUCUGCCACAGCCCAGGGCCCUUGACCUAUCACGGUGCUCUUUCACCCCUGGACCCAUGGGGGUGCCCUAUGCCACUUGUACAUAUCUGUUGUAUCUGUUAAUAAGGUUGUAAAUAAAGCCCCCAUCCCCUACCUGGACGGCACCCUGACAAA